AUGCAGAACAUCCUCGAUCAAAACUUAGACAUGGCCACAGCUCUACUUGCCGGUGAGAAGCUGAAGGAGCUGAUCCUGCCUGGGUCCUCUCAGGAUGAGAAGGGCGGGGCGCUGGCCAGUCUAAUGGUGCAGCUCAAGCUGGAGCUGCCCUUUGAUCGUGUUGUUACUAUAGGGACAGUCAUCAUCCCCAUCCUGCUGGUCACCCUCGUCUUUACAAGAAACUUUGCAGAGGAGUCCAUAUAUUGUUACACACCACACAACUUCACCAGAGACCAAGCACUGUAUGCAAGAGGCUACUGCUGGACAGAGCUGCGGGAUGCUGUGCCUGGUGUGGAGUCUGACCUUUGGCCGUCACUAUUUGAACACAAGUUCCUACCCUAUGCCCUGCUGGCCUUUGCUGGAAUUAUGUACAUUCCAGCUUUGGGCUGGGAGUUCCUUGCCUCUACACGGCUCACUUCAGAGCUCAAUUUCCUGCUUCAAGAGAUUGAUAACUGCUAUCAUCGAGCCGCUGAGGGCCGAGCCCCAAAGAUCGAGAAGCAGAUCCAAUCUAAAGGACCUGGCAUUACUGAGCGGGAGAGGAGGGAGAUCAUAGAAAAUGCAGAGAAGGAGAAAAGCCCCGAGCAGAACCUGUUUGAGAAAUAUUUGGAGAGACGAGGCCAAAGUAACUUUCUGGCUAAACUUUACCUGGCACGCCACCUGGCUAUAAUCUGCCUCAGUUCCAUCCCCAUUUCCUAUCUGAGCGCUUAUUAUGCCCGCCAAAGGCAGAAUGAGUUCACCUGUGCACUGGGUCAGCCCCCAGACAUUAGCAGCUAUGCAGAGCUGAAGCUCAGGGUCAACUGUAAGCUGCCUGCUGUGCAGCUGCAGCGUAUCAUGGCAGCAGUAGAUAUUGCUCUGCUCUGCACCAUGAACCUCAUCAUCCUGGUUAAUUUGCUGCACUUGUUUGUGGUGCGCAAGUCCAACUUUGUAUUUGACAAACUGCAUAAAGUUGGUAUUAAAACACGGCGACGCUGGCAGAAGUCUCAGUUCUGUGAUAUCAACAUCCUGGCCAUGUUCUGUAAUGAAAACAGGGACCACAUCAAGUCGCUCAACCGGCUAGAUUUCAUCACCAAUGAGAGUGACCUCAUGUAUGACAAUGUGGUCAGGCAGCUGCUGGCUGCGCUUGCACAGUCAAACCACGAUGCUACACCCACUGUGAGGGACUCUGGAAUACAAACACUUGAUCCUAAUUUGGAUCUUGGAGUGGGAGAGAUCGGUGGGGAGCCGCUGGUCAUCAAACGGCCCCGCAAGAAAAUUAAAUGGAUCCCAAGUUCAAAUCCUCUUCCCCAGCCAUUCAAGGAACCCCUUACCUUGACACGUUUGGAAAAUAACACCAAGCCUGAAAAACCCAAACCAGUCAGACGAAAGACAGUGGCAGACAGCUUCAUUGCCCCACUUCUGGAUAGCAAGAGCACACAACAUCCUGCAACAAAAGAUCUAAGUGGGAUGGACAAAAAGCACACUCGCAACUUCUCUCUGGAUGUCCACCCGUACAUGCUGACCAUACGUAAGCCCAAGGUGGAGGCCACCACAGAACCUUUACCCUCAGAGCACAACAUGGAUACAGUGUACCUUGAAGGCACACACACUAUUGUUCACGUGUCUGGCGCAAUUACAGAAACUAAGGUAUGCUCUCCAGAAUCAACCAACACUGCCUUUUCUACAGUGACCCUGCCCACCACCACUUAUGUAAAUGGCGUAAGCCCGAACCCUCCCUCCAGCGAGGACCCCCUCAGUCCCAAGUCCUCUCCUCCUACAAGGGAGCCUCUCGCCCAGAUGGAUAACCCUGAGUGUCAGCCACCACCCCUGGCCAGAGCCCCUACACACCAGCUGCUGAGUAUGCAUCACACUCUCUUUGAGGAAGAAGAGGAUGAAGAAAACCGUAGAGACAGACUGGCAGAAAGACCUGGGGAGCUCAUCGCUGCUGGGGAAUGUUGA